AUGCCACCCCAGCCCCGUCUGAACGCCGUCGCCUUCGUCUCGCCGCAGAACCACCCCAUCCUCAUCCGCACCUUCGCCCAGCCGCGCCAGGAUGAGCUCAAGUAUCACUACAUCGCCCACACCAGCCUCGACGUGAUCGAGGAACGCAUUGCGUCCGCGCAGGCGGCCAAGUCGACGGAGUGCUACCUCAGCCUGCUGUACACGAUGGAGGACGUCGCGGUCUACGGCUACGUCACGCCCCUGCGCGUAAAGAUCAUCCUCGCGCUCGCCCUGACCGACGCCGUCGUACGGGAUAUAGACGUCAUCGCGAUAUUCAAAGCGAUGCAUACCGCAUACCACCUCUCUGUCGCGAACCCGUUCUUGAAGGUGAACAUGCCCCUCGAGAGCGUGAACGACCACGCCGCAAUGCUCUCCGCGGGGAGCGCGAAGUGGAAGGCCUUCCGCCAGCGAGUAGACGACGUCGGCAGAGUCAUGGGCGCGUCCAUCCCUUCCUCUACGUCCAACGCGUCCACGCAAUCGCAUUGA